UUUUCCAAGGCUAUCCUUUACUUUGCUUAUCCGUUAUGUCCUCGAUAGUAACAACCUUGUUCGAAGCCACUAUCGGUUUGCUAGUCAACAAAGGCAGAGAUAAGGCCACGGAGAUUCUGAAAGACGGCGAUGUAACAGAUCAAAGAUUCCGCUCCUUGAUCGUCCGUGAAAUAGACGACAUCAAGUCAAAGUUGGAUGCGUUAUCGAGAAGAGAUUUAGAAGCGAGUAUCAGUUUCUUUGAGGAAGGAAUCGCGUUGUUGUAUGAAGUGUUUGACAUAGUCAAGUCUAGAAACGAGCGUGGUGCGGCAACAGCACAAGCAGCUUCCGAUGAAGCAUUUUCUCUCGUUGAAGGAAUCAGAAAGUUAGAGCUUACUGGCUUGGACGAGUAUGCUACAAGAAAGCUUUCCACUGCAAAGGAAAGAUUCAAAGAUGCUCGAAGGGUAGCAACGAGGGCCUUUAAAAACGAAGGCCUCAAAACAUAUGACCGCAUUCUGGCCAUGAAGUAUCGAGUAAUAGCAACGAUAUUGGAAACAGUGGACAAUCCCGCUGAUGCAGUUGCACCAUGUGGAGUGUGUGUAAAGGAACUUAACAGUCUGUCAGCAGUACAGAAAAGCUUUGACGUUCAGCUCAAGACAGGCAUUCAGAAAGUGAGGGGUUUAUUUGGUAAAGAGAAAAGAAGUGAAAUAAUUUUCAAUGUUUGUCAUGUGAAUCGCGCGAUCUUUGAUAUCGCCCUCGCAUUGGGGAGACUUGACUUCAGCCCAAGUGUUAAUAUUGGAGAAAAUAGAGUUAUUCCAUUGUGUGACGCGAGAAUAAAAGACUUCCUACUCAGACAUGGUAAAGAGUAUUGUUGUGUUCCACCAAGGUCAUUUGGUCGGGGGGGUAAAGAGGAACACAAGCUGAAGCACCCGAUGGCUAUCGCUACAAACUCCAGCGGAGAAUUUAUUAUAACAGACAUGCAUCACGUGAAGGUGUUUGACAACAGCGGCAAUUUUGUGAAACAAUCGAGUCUCUCUACCGAUGAAGUAAAUACAACAUUUGCUUUUGAAGUCGCCACAGACAUGAGCGACAACAUCUUCGUGCUGAUUGAACUGGAGAAGCCUGGGAAUGAGUUAUCUUAUUGGGUUUAUAAACUUACUAAAACCGCUGACCUGCAUCACAGGUUUCGUCUGAGGGGAGAGGGUGAGCACAAACUGUACAGAGGACUGUCAGUCAGUGAUAGAGGGAAAGUGGUGACCAUAUGGAACAAGACAGUAGUCGAGCAGUAUGACACUGAUGGAGAGUACAUUCGCAGUUUUGAACUAGGAAUAAUAAGUUCAGAACAGGAUGUCACUGUAGCUAAUGACGGCCGUGUUAUGGUAGUGCAACUAGGUGACCCCUGUGUUUAUAUAUUCAGUGAAUCCGGCGACUAUCUUAACAAGUUCAAACUGCAACAAAUUGACUAUGAUUACACAAGCAUUACAUUUCACCGAGCAGGUGAACAAGUCGUCGUUGCUGGUACUCGAUUAGGGAAGCUCCUUCAGGUUGAAAUAUACAGUAAAGAUGGUAAGUUUGUGCACUGUGCAGAAAUUCCAAUGGAUGAUGGGAUCUAUUUUGUGAAAGGGAUUACGUUGACAACCAAGGGACGCAUUGCUUGUGUUGUAGGUGGUAAGGUAUUCAUUUUUUGAAGAGGGUGGUAAAGGGGAGGUCCAAAAAGUAGAAAAAUUUGUUAAACAACUUUAAGAUUCACGUUUCUCUAAAAGAAAAAAUUCACAGUUCACAUGGUCUUAAUUUCAUAUUGUUACAAGUCAUGAAAAGUAAAAAGUCACUUGUUUAAUCCUGCAUCAUCCAAAAGCCUCUCUUUGAACUGCUGGU